AUUAAAGUUCACCAUUUAAAACAUUAUUCAUUUUGUUUUUUUUUUCAAUUCAAAAGUAACGUUGCAGACAUAAGGGAUCUCUCAAACUUAUUUCUUAUUUCUCAACAGUCAAAGUUACACAAUGCAUGAUUUUUAUUUAAAAAAGAAACAAAAGAUCUAUCAAACAAAAGCUUCACUUAAAGACACCCACAACAACAAUCCUACCAUCAAAGUGAGGAAACAAAAGGAAAGGAAGAUUACCACGGUGAGACGUUCGGAUCCGACGGGAAAAAAACGACGACCCCUAGAUGUUGACGGAAUAAUGGUGUUGCGGUCGAUGGAGUGAGGAAUCUGGAUCUGUUUACAACCUUCUUCUUCUCCUUCUUUGUUUUAAAACAUUGUUUUGUAGCUGCUUGAAAUUCAAGGUUUCGUGGUGGUCGCCUACUUGGCCUUUGUCUCAGCGUCGUCCAAAUGCCGGCGAGAUGAAGCUCUAGGUUUUUCUCCACAGCGAGCCGCCUCCAGAGUAGUGGAGGCUUCGUACGGAGGAUGUUGGGAGCCUUUUCUUUUGUCUUCACUCAAGCUGGUGGUCCCUCUCGUCUGCCUUUCUGUACCGUUGAUAGUGACCAGGGUAGUGACCAGGAGCUAAGGCACCUAUCCAUGUAGUGGAGCGUGAGCUCUGAAAUUGUCUGCUCAAGCUUGGUGGUACCCCCCUCAACUCUCAUCCUAUUUUUUUUACCAAAGGACAAAUGAAGGUAAAUGCGGUGUUUCUUGGGCCUGAAGCUCACUACCGUCAAAUUGAACUUACUGAGUCCCUAACAUGGUAGACAUUAAAUUCAAACCAUAGCUUUGAGCACUUCGAACAGCCCGAAUCGGAUGGCCCUCAGGAGUUAACAAUACCUCCCGCUUUGGUUGCUCAAUCUUUGAAUCAUUAUCAGUCAUAGAAAUGCUUUCUGGAGCCAGUGUCGUUUUAACCAGAUAAGAUGAAGAACCUGCAUGAUCAACAUGACCUCCAUGUUCAGUCAAUGACGCACUUUGGUUGUGUUCAGUACGAUUCAUCAUGACAUCAUUGAUUGGCCGAAGAGAUUGCAUAUGGCCAUUGGAGCUGCACAAGAUUUAUGUUGCCUGUAUAACGAUUGCUCGCCACCUAUUGCUCACCGAGACGUGAAAGCAAAUAACAUUCUUUUGGAUUCACAAUUCAACACUAAAGUUGUUGAUUUUGGUCUUGCCAAGAUACUGAUCAAACCAGAAGAACUUGCCACCAUGUCAUCUGUAGCUGGCACAUUCAGACAUAUUGCUCCAGAAUAUGCUCAAUCAAUUAGAGUUAACGAGAAGAUGGAUGUUUACAGCUUUGGAGCAGCUCUAUUGGAACUGACAACUGGAAAAGCAGUUAAUCCUGGAUACAAAUCCUUGUCGCUUUGCAGAAUAGGUGUGACGCCAUAUUCAGAUAGGAACCGAUAUAGAAGAGCUUCUGGACAAAGAUGCUGUGAAACCAAGUAACACAACAUCUUCAAAUUCAGGAGUAUGUGCACUUUAACACUUCCAGCUAGUAGACCAUCAAUGAAGGAAGCCUUGAA